GUGUCUGUCCACGAAACCGGCUGGUGGGACGGAGCGGGGAUCAUGGGGGGAUCACAGAGCGUGGAAAUUCCCGGAGGUGGUUCGGAGGGCUAUCACGUUCUCAGAGUGCAGGAGAAUUCUCCCGGUCAUAGAGCAGGUCUCGAGCCGUUCUUUGACUUCAUUGUGUCCAUCAACAACACCAGACUGAACAAGGAUAAUGACAUGUUGAAAGACGUACUGAAGGCUAGUGUUGAAAAACCGGUGAAGAUGCUGGUGUACAGCAGCAAAACCCUGGAGCUGCGGGAAGCUACUGUUACUCCCAGCAACAUGUGGGGCGGUCAGGGUCUUCUGGGGGUCAGCAUCCGCUUCUGCAGCUUUGAGGGAGCCAAUGAGAACGUCUGGCAUGUUUUGGAAGUGGAGCCAAAUUCUCCAGCAGCAUUAGCAGGUUUGAGACCACACACGGAUUACAUCAUCGGAGCAGACACAGUCAUGAACGAGUCAGAGGACUUGUUCUCAUUGAUAGAAACCCAUGAGGGCAAAGGCCUGAAACUCUACGUCUACAACACAGACACGGACAACUGCAGAGAAGUGGUCAUCACGCCCAACGGCGCCUGGGGUGGAGAGGGCAGUCUCGGCUGUGGUAUCGGCUACGGUUACCUGCACAGAAUCCCUACUCGGCCCUUCGAAGAGGGCAAGAAAAUCAGCUUCCCCGGACACACCCCCAGUGAGCCCGCCAGCCCGCUGAAGGACGGCUUCACAGAGGUUCAGCUGUCUGCAGUAACUCCGCCCCCUGUGUCGCAGCCUGUUCCCACAGGGCUUGAGGACAGUCUGUCCGGCCUGUCACUCAGCUCUGCCCCGCCCUCAAUACCCAGCGAGCUCCACACAGGUGUUCCCACUGUCCCCCUGCUGCCCACUCAGGUGACCCCUGGGCUGGGUCCCCUUCCCAUUGUCAACCCCUCCACCACCUUACCAGGUUUGAUGUCUUUACCGUCUGGCCUCCCUCCCCUGCCAAACCUGCCUAACCUCCCAAACCUCAAUCUACCGUUACCGGACCUUAGCGCUGUAUCGUUAGCUGGAAUCAGUGGGUUACCUCCCACUACAGCAGGUUUGCCUCCUCUCCCUCCUCUGAACCUGCCCGGCAUCUCUGCUCUGCCCAUGCACACUGUUCUCCCCUCAACACUUCCCAGCAUGCCCGGGGUCACGCUGCCAUCUUCCCUGGCACCAUCUGACCACAUCCCACCCGUCUCUUUAGCUGCCCAGCAAACUCCAGCGCUCAUUCUGGAUGCCACGCUCAACCCUGCAGUCAAAGACACGCCUUCAGAGAAGCCUGCUGCGAUGGAUGCUCAGGCGGCCCCAGAGUCCUCGUAACGGCCGGACCGGGGCCGGAGGGCAUCCCUCCGUAUGUCUCUCUCUCUCUCUCUUGUAUUUAUUCAGUACAAAAAGAUUCCAGCGUGUGAACACGUACACAGAGAUAAACACGGUUCUGUUGAGAGACGCCAGUGUCUGAGAAUAAUGUGCGUGUGGAUGGACGGCUGAUAUUAAAAAAUACAUUAAAAAAAAA